AUGGAGAGAUAUAAAUUGCACCUUUUAUUCCAAUCAAGUAUUCAUCUUUAUCAAUCUAGAUUAGAAAAGGAACCAAAUGAGAUAAAAAGAAAUAUGGAUGUAGAACAAGAAUACAACAACCUCAAAACGAUAAUAAAAAAAAUGGCUUAUGAAGUAUUAGGAACAGAGAACAACGACAAACAACACCACGAACCACCAUGGAUGACAGAAAACGUAAAAUAA